GGGGCCGCUGCGGGGCCAUGUCCGAAGCGUAUUUCCCCGUGGGUCCCGGGCUGGGCCUGGAGGAGAAUUUCCUGUCGCUGGAUGACAUCCUGAUGUCGCAGGAGAAGCUGCCGGGCCGCGCCGAGAGCGCCCUGCCGCGCCUGGCCUUCGCUCUGGGACAGGGAGCCGCGGCCGGAGACUCCCUGCCGGAGGGUUCCAAGCUAGAAAUCCCUCUGUGGCUGGCUAAAGGUCUCCACGACAGCAAGAGAAGAAUCAUUUCUGUGGAGCUGCCCAAGAUCUACAAGGAAGCCUGGAGGACAGUGUUCAGUGCUGAUGCCAACGUGGUGGAUCUGCACAAAAUGGGGCCCUACUACUAUGGGUUUGGCUCCCAGCUCCUGAACUUUGACAACACAGAGAAUCCUCAGAUAGCUCAGAGUAUCCUGCAGACCUUCAUCGGCAGGUUCCGCCGCAUCAUGGACUCCUCUCAGAACGCCUACAACGAGGACACCUCUGCCCUGCUGGCUCGCCUGGAUGAGCUGGAGAGAGCCCUGUUUCGAGCUGGCCAGAAGGGCCUCCACGACUUCCAGUGCUGGGAGAAGGGCCAAGCUGCCCAAAUCACUGCCUCCCCUCUGCUCCAGAACUACGGCAAGAGGAAGUUCGCCGACCUGGAGGUGUGAGAGGCCGCGGCGGGGAGGAGGAGGCUGGAGGCGGUGGAGAAGAGAGGAAGGCAGCAGCCCUGGGGAGGGGCAGGAUCCUCCCUCUGCAGGAGCAGGGAUUCUCUGGGGCAUCUUCUGCUUGGGCUGCUGCCCAUGGGGAAGGCAGACAGCAUGGGUGUGAAAAAAUCAUCCCAUCCCAGCUCCAUCUUCAGCUCCAUCCCAUCCCAGCUCCAUCUUCAGCCCCAUCCCAUCCCAGCUCCAUCUUCAGCCCCAUCCCAUCCCAGCCCCAUCCCAU